AAACUUUUAUUAUUUUUUGUUUUCUCCCUUUUUUCCACACUGAGAGCUACAUUACAUUUAAUAAAAAAUUUGAAUUUCUACAAUGGCCCCUGGAAAAUUCAAAUGCUCUGGAUGCUUGCAAAUAAUUACUGAUAGACAAUACUUAAAAUGCUGUGUAUGUUCGGAAUACUAUGACAUACUUUGUGCUAAUGUAUCCGAACAACGCUUUCGAAACACACUUACUGGACAGCACAAAACCAACUAAAAAUGUGAUGCAUGUAAGAACUCGGAGCCUAAAGCAGAUAACCGAAACACACCUAUUCGUGAACAUGAUGACAAGGUCAUGCGUCGUCGAGGUGCCUCAGCCCUGAGUCUGCUUGAGGAGCGCUUAGCGGUUCCUGUUUCUGCGGAUAUCGAGUGUAAACAAGGGGAUAUGCAAACACUUAUUGAAGAAUUGCGCUUGUUAGGAAAAGAAAUGCAGGAAACUCGUCUCCAGGUUCAAGUCCUUAACGAAACCUUGGGUGCGCUCGGGGCACGUGUGGAUGUUUGUGAGAGCAGGUUAGACAAACUGACCUCUCGUAUUGAAAAUAUAGAAUCUUGUGGCAUGGGUUCGGUGAUGGGCUGCGACGGUACUGCUUUGGCCAACACCAUUGAGUCUCUGAGGGCGGAACUAAACGAGCGUGAUCAGGAGCUGCUGAUGAACGAUUUGGAGAUCACUUGCAUACCGGAACAAAAAGGUGAAGGUCUCCAGCACGGCGGGAUGUGGUGAGUGCCGUUCGUGUCGGCCGAGAGCUGAACGUUGGUGGCGACGGCAUGUCGUCGGCAUCACGACCUCGCCCCAUAGUUGUCCGCCUGGUACAGCAUUCUUUACGAGAUGACCUACUUCAAGCAGUCCGUGUGCGCCGGGGAGCUACCACCGAAGGCCUCGAUCUUCCUGGCCCGCCUCGUCGCUUCUACGUUAAUGAACUGACGAAAACAAAUCGUUUAUUAAUUCGUCAACCACGUGAAAUCGGAGAGCGUCUUGGAUGGCGUUUCAUAUGGACCAGGGAUGGGAAAAUAUUUACUCGCCAGCACACUGGGCGUCACCGUUUGCGUACUGUAGCCGACCUCAUCAGUGUUUUUGAUCCUGAGGCCGUUGGUUCUGUAUCCGUUUAAGCCUGGACUAACAUCUUGUGUUAAAUUGCUUUGUUGCUGUUUUUAUAUUGAUUUUGUCCAUUACUUUAUUUUUUAUUUUAGACAUUCAUUCAAUUGUGUGUAUGACAUUGUAUCUAUUGUUAAUUUAAUUUGUAUAUAUUUGAAAUUCAAAGAUUGUAUAAUGUUAAUUAUAAUAAUAAUAAUAUAUAGUCUCCUUUUAUGUAUUAAAUAUGCUUAUUUGUAUAUUGAUUAUGUAUAUGACAUUGAAUUAAAUUUAAUAGAAUUUA